AUGGUAAGAAUUAAGUAGCGAUACAUUCUAGGUGAAAUUUAAUUUAACCAAUAAGGCUUUGUUGACCCAAGCACAUUCAACCAAAAGUCUUUGAUUGAAGCCUUUAGAGAAGCAGUCAAGGAUUGCUAUGGCGAUCUUGGCCUUGCAAAGAUUUAAUCAAACUUUAUAGGAAGGGAAAAUGAGCAAAUGGCAGUGACUAGUCUAAUCAUGAUCACCAAGUUGUAUCAGCAUGAAUCUAAAAUUAGAACACUACACGUUGGAGGUACAUUGGAGAAAGUAGAGAAAGCUUUGAAAAAUAUGACAGAGUCUUGGAUUGAAAAUCAAACUAAGAAAAAUCAGGCUACCUCAAUUACUACUAAGUGA